AUGUCUGCGUCUCUCCGUCGCGUGCGUUCUGUCUCCAUGACAACCUCAUCUCAUCCUGCUUCUUCUCCCUUCCCUUCUCACGCAAUCAUCCCUUUUCAGAUGGAAGACGUCACUCUAUUCCAGUUUACAUGGAGAAAGCCAAUUAAGAAUCGAGAGAAGAUUGCGUACGCUUCGACGGAGACGCAGACAACGGAGACGAGUCGGAAAGACGCGGAGAGCACGGCCAAUUUCCAGCAGAGUAAAGAAGUGCAGACGGAUGCGGUGGAGACGGAGAUGGCUGAGAAAAAGGAUGUUCGUAUAAGUAAAGAGGUAGGGAAAUAGGUAGGGGAGCGGAGAAUUACUUGUGUGCUACAGGUACUGGAUCUUCUCUACGAAUUCGUCAGAGAUGACUCAAAAGUGAACUACGAUAGACUUCUGGAGUUCCACAAGUUCGAUAAGGUCGCGUUGGAAACAGUGCAGAAGUACCACGUGGAAGUGAGAAUCCAUUCCGAAAGGGAAUCUUCAUACUUUCUUAAUUUUCAGACAAGAAACGAGAAUAUCAUUUCGAUGCUCUCGAACUCUUCCAGAAAGACACUGGUCCUGUUCGGAGGCUCCAGCCACGAGACGUUCUGUUCCCAUCAAGCGAGGGCCCUCCUCUGCUCCUCCUCCACAGUAAUCCAUCUUCCGUCCCUCUCUCUCUCUCUUCCGAUCCCUUCCCUUCCAGAGCUUCUCCCUGCCUCUUCCCGUCUGUGCCAUCUCCGCCGUCUUCUACUCUUCCACUCAAUUCAUCGUCGGAGAUAUCUCCGGAACAAUCUCGAUGUACACAAAGGACCAAAAACUCUUCGACGCAAAGGUUUCUUUCAAAAAAAAAACGGAGUGAACAGGGAAAGAAGUGCUUUCAGAUAUCCGACGGCGCCGUCACAUGCCUCGAACUCUCUCGUCACGGCCUUUUAUCAGGAUCCGACGACGGGAAUGUGGCUCUUUGGCAGGUCGGAAGUUCGGGUCUCGAGCGGAUCGGCGGCUUCCGACUGACCGUCUCCGAUCUUUCCCGCAAAAUCCGUCGCUCUUCCACUUCGAACAAACCAGUGGCCAUUGUCAGCAUGCAAGUGUAAGGGGAACGGAAAGAAAGAAAGAGAGAGGGAACGAUGCUAUUUCAGAAGCGGCGACGAGUGCUGUGUGGCGACAGAGACGGGCGGUCUGUACGUGGCCUCGCUUCCGACGCUCGAUUUCCGCCCGCUCGCCCAGUCGGCCACCUCCGUCGCCCGCAUUCUCUUCGAUUCUCCGUUCGUCGCCGUCGUCUACCACACUUCGAAUGCGGCCGUUUUCAAUUCGGAAGGCCUCGUCGACCAGAUCCCAUUCGUGGCCAACCUUGCCGUCAGGUUCGUCUCUGUUCCCGUUCCCGAAUCGUUUCUUCUCCAGAUGCGGACAUUACUUUGUUUUCUCCGAUCAUCACCGCCUUGUCAUUUGGUCCUGCAACACGCGGUCCCUUGUGGUCGACGAGACGAUGGAGUGCCAGGCAAUCUGCUCCAUUUCCGACGACACCUUGCAAGUUCUCGAAAUGGCCAACAAUUUAGUCUCUAGAUUUAUAAAUGACAAAUUAUAA